AUGUGCCACCCCGGCUCCGGAGACGAGAACCAGGACCGUCUUCCAGCGGGCGUGGAUCCGCAACCAGGCCUUUGCAACCUCGAAAUCACCGCUGGCCAGGCCGGUGGCCAGUGGGGAGUCGUGCUGCGAGUUUCUGGAGGUCUCAUCCAUUCGCAAGAUGCCCGCAACGAAGCUGGAGGGGCCGAGGGGCCCCUGGACUCUGGAGUUCCCCCUUGGGUGUUUUUUUCUUUCUUUCUUUCUUUCUUUUCCCCUUCCGUCCCAGGGAAUCAGGAUCUUCGCACUCGUCUGCCUGAUCCUGAUCAGCUUGGCCUGACUGGUUUGAAAGGCAGUGGUUUGCCGUCCUGA